GGCCAGGUGCUCAUAGGAAGAGGCUGUUCUCCAACCUCCUUUAUUCCAGCCUGCACCUGAGCAAAACUCAGAGUGAGGGAUGCAUCUUAGCUAGAUCUACCAGGUCCUGGAAACAGAAAGAUUAAGGGAAGAAAGAGAAAAUAGUGCCUGACAGAUUUGUAUUGAGAAAGAUGCAGUGCAGGGACUGACAUUCAGGCAGCUAUGACACUGUUGUCCCCAUGUCGAUUCACUGAGGGGAGUGUAGGAGGAGGGGUAAGGACACUGAGGCCCCAAGAGAUUAAAUAACUUGCUUAUCAUCCUAACUGAGCAAGUAUGGGAGGACAAGAAGCACCCAGUAUUCCUGCUGCCCAGGGCUGUGUUCUCUUCCCCACACACUUAGGAUGGCUCUCCCAGCAACAACAGAGAGCUGUUGGAGACAAGGGGAAAUUAGUGGACAAAGAGUGAAGAGGACUUUCCAGGUGAAGGUGAAGUGGAAUUCAGCCCUCUCAGGCACCUCUGACUUCAUGGCAGAGAAGAACCUCACCUUAGUGACUGAAUUCCUCCUUAUAGCAUUCACUGACUAUCCUCAACAGGCAUUCCCUCUCUUCCUCCUGUUUCUAUUUAUCUAUCUCAUCACCUUGUUGGGGAACUUGGGCAUGAUUAUCCUGAUCCAUGUAGAUCGCCGGCUCCACACCCCAAUGUACUUCCUUUUGAGUCACCUCUCCUUCAUGGACAUCUGCUACUCGUCUGUCACCAUGCCUCAGAUGUUGGCCAUGCUGCUGGAGCUUGGGGCGGUUUUAUCCUACACACGCUGUGCUGCUCAGUUCUUCCUCUUCACCUUCUUUGGUUCCAUUGACUGCUACCUCCUGGCCCUCAUGGCCUAUGACCGCUACGUGGCUGUGUGCCAACCCCUGCUUUAUGUCACCAUCAUGACGCAGAAGGCCCGUUUGGGUUUUGUGGCGGGGGCUUACAUUGCUGGUUUCUUCAGUGCCUUGGUGCGAACAGUCUCAGCUUUCACUCUCACCUUCUGUGGAACCAAUGAGAUCGACUUUAUUUUCUGUGACCUCCCUCCCCUUUUAAAGCUGACCUGUAGGGACAGCUAUACUCAGGAACUGGUCAUUAUUGUGUUUGCCAUUUUUGUUAUCCCUGCCUGCAUGGUGGUGAUCUUGGUGUCCUACCUGUUUAUCAUUGUGGCCAUUAUGAAGAUCCCCUCAGCUGGAGGCAGGGCCAAGACCUUCUCUACCUGUACCUCCCACCUCACCACCGUGUCGCUGUUCUUUGGCACUCUCAUCUUCAUGUACCUGCGGGAUAACUCUGGUCAGUCGUCAGAGGAGGAUCGGGUGGUUUCUGUGUUCUACACAGCAGUCAUCCCCAUGUUGAACCCUCUCAUUUACAGCCUGAGGAACAAGGAAGUGAAGGAGGCCCUGAGGAAAAUUCUGAAGAGGGCCAAGUUGUCCUAAUUCUCGCCAACCUUGGACUAUCCUGAGAAUCACCUCCUCUACAGGUGCCAGCACUCUGGACACAUUAUUUUCAGCACACUCAAUGUUGCAAUGAGUAUGUCAUGGUACAAGGUAUAAAAAAGAACCACAAACUUUAGUUUUGGGGGGUAAAGGAAGAAAAGGAAGAGGCAGCCAGAGAAGAGAGAUUGGGGUGAAUGCUCUAACUCCCAGGGAAAAUGAAGAAAGGAUCUGAAAUUAAAAGCUGUGUAAUCUGGACACAACAUAUUUCACAGGCCUGUGACUAUAAAACAUGAUUACAUUUUUUUGCAAAACUUUUUGUGAAAGAUUUCCACCAUAUAGAAAUAUUGAAAAUAAUGUACAGUGAACUCCCUAUGCCCCAUACUGAGAUCCUGUAACUGCUAAAAUUUUGUAUAUCUGCCUUAUCACAUGUAUAAUCAGUGUAUUCAUUUACCCAUCCAAUAAUUCAUCCAUCAAUACACUUUAAUUUUUUAUGCAUUUCAGAGUGAGUUGCAGCCAUCGGUAUUAGUACUCUUCCUCACUAUAUACUUCAGAAUGGUAUCAUCAAUUAGAAUUCAAUAUUUAGAUGUCAUUUAUUUUUAAUGAUUAAAUUGAAGUAAAGUUUGAUGGUCCAGUUAAUAAAGCUGAUACUACUCAAAAUAUUCUUCAGACUCUUGUAUUAGUUCGCGGGGAUGCCUCACACGAUUCGCUAUAAAAUGCCCACAAUGACAUGUCUGUCAGUUGCUAUCGGCAUGGAAAUAUGUCUGUGUUUGCUUUUUCCCCACCUGUUCCAUCUCCCACUUGUCACCUUGUUUGCCUGAGAAUCCACUUGGUAAUUUAUAUCACUCCCAUUGCCCAUAGUAGUACCUGCAGUGUCUGUAUCAUAGAUGUCAACGCCCUGUAUUCUUAAAGCCUUUGACCCUGGGGAAGCAGAGCAUUGCUGUAUUCCAUGCAGAGGUGGGCAGGAGGGAAUCCUGGCCUGGACAUAGUUCCUGUGCUCUGCAAGGGCUAGGGCUCUCAGUCUGUGUCUAAAGUAUCUCAGAGACUGAUAGUUCUUGAUCUUUAUUUCUCUAACUGUAGGUGACUCAAUCACACCCAAGGUAUUGGAAGGGAACAGGUCCCACUUCCUCAUCACUUUCUGUUCUUUCUUCAAUCCUUAUUCCUGGAAAUUAAACUCCUUUUCUUCCUGUCCCCUGUGUUACCAAAAAACAAGAUACCGGGUAUGCGAAUGAUAUAAACUCCCCAGGGAGGGAGAAAGGGGAGUAACAAUAUUGGGUCUGUGUGAAUAAGAUAGUAUACAGAAGGGUUAUUUGCUCUCUUUGGAAUCUUCCAAAGGUCAGGGAAAACACAAUGAAUUGAAGGGGACUGCUAGGAGAAUGGGUUUCCAGGUCUAAGGAGACAAUGUAAGGCCUUCUUCUAAUUCAAUUUUAAGCAGAUGGUUAAAGACUUCCACUUAAGAAGAAAGGGCUAACCAAAAGGCUGUAGGAACUAGUGGCCCCAAAGCACCAAUAUUGUAUGUGGGACUCUAUUUACUUUGUACUGUGUAGAGGGAGCUCAGGAAGACUUCAAAAUGUGCUUUCCACUUACGUAUGAAGAGGAGACAGGGUUAAAUGAGAUAACUUAAAUAGAGAGGUCACCUGGUUGUAAAUAGGUGUUAGUAUUUCCUUACAUCUUGCUAUACCUUGUGUUGAA